AUGUGGGAAGGGCACAAAAGCCGGAACACCAGGAUUCAGGAAUCCCUGGGGACCUUCUCGGAUGCUGCAUUGCAAGCCCUUUAUAUUGAGCAUAAAAAUCAGCUGAUCAACUGCUGGCAAGUUCAUCAGAGUUUCUCCAGUAUGCGUGGACAGCGCUCCAAUACAGUGCUAGCUGCAGUUCCAAAGAAUGGGUUCCUAGAAGGAAAAUCUAGUAGUUCAACAUUGGUGGACAUAGCGAGGAUUCAUGAGGUGAGCUUACGAGGGCCACCUGCAGACUCAGGUGUGGAAGUGUGCCAGAGGCCACCGUUGCCCUGGAGAUCUGAGCCUCAAAGGCCUGGGCUCCCUGUUGAGUCCUGUGGGAGUCAACAUCGGGAGGCUGAAGAGUCUGCGCUGGCCUCCACCGCAAAGGCAAAGACCGGAGCUCCUCGGAGAAACAGAACUGGAGGAGGAGCGGGGAGGCCUGGAGGGCACCAACAUGAUCCUCAAGAUGAAAAUAAAAUUGGAAUAGAUGGGAUACAGCAAUUUUGUGAUGACCUGGCACUUGACCCAGCCAGCAUUAGUGUUUCGAUCAUUGAAUGGAAGUUCAGAGCAGCAACACAAUGUGAGUUCUCCAAGCUGGAGUUCAUGGAGGGCAUGACAGAAUUCGGAUGUCACAGCAUAGAAAAGCUAAAGGCUCAAAUACCCAAGAUGGAGCAAGAAUUGAAAGAACCAGGACGAUUUAAGAAUAUUUACCAGUUUACUUUUAAUUUUGCAAAGAAUCCAGGACAAAAAGAAUUAGAUCUAGAAAUGGCCAUUGCCUACAGGAACAUAGUACUUAAUGGAAGAUUUAAAUUCUUAGACUUAUGGAAUAAAUUUUUGUUGGAACAUCACAAACAAUCAAUACCAAAAGAUACUUGGAAUCUUCUUCUAGACUUCAACAUGAUCGCAGGUGACAUGUCUAAUUAUGAUGAAGAAGGAGCAUGGGAUGUUCUCACUGAUGACUUUGUGGAAUUUGCACACCCUCAAAUUGGUGGGACAAAAAGCACAACAGUGUAGCACUAAAGGAACCUUCUAGAAUGCACAUAU